UAAGUUUUAUUUUUUAUAUACAGAUUAUAUCAAUUAAAACUAUCAUAAUCAAUUCAGUACAUAGUCUAAAACUUAAUAAUCACGUGUAUAUUAACCGUUUCGAUACAUUUCUAUUCAAAUACAAUUGAUUACACGUUGUUAUGUACAUAUAAUCACUAGGCAUCACAAUGUUUCUUAAGAUUAUAAAUUCUAAGAUUAAUCUAAUCAUAUAAAUUAACCAAUUUCUAUACGACAGAAAAAUUUACUAUGUUUAGAGGAUUAACUUACGAGUAAUAGGAAAAGGAACUAAGACACUUUACUAACAUCGGUUUGAUCUUCAUAUUCGUGGACCGUUGUUGGCCAAAUCGUCUUAUCCGACUGUUAGUGUCACGUUACAAAAUUGUAAACAGAAAUUCAGUUAACCGUUCGACAGCAGACGAAGAUAGAUUUUGUUAGCUGUCAAUUGUUUCAGUUGUGAAUAGUGUAUGAAACAUUCUGAGAAAAUCGAAGGAUAAAAACUGUGUGCACUUAGCGCUGGUGUUUAAGAAUAUUAACGAAAGUUGCCAUAUCUUACUUGUUAGAAUGACAAGUAAAAAGGUAUUAUUACGGAAGGAAACAUUUCUUGAAAGAUUAUUAAAGGAAGGAAAAGGAUAUAUCUUUACAAUGGAAGAAUUGCACGUAUGUUUGAAAAGACAUUCGUGCGAAUACAAGAAGAUGCUAUUCGUUAUAGAUCGCUACUCUCGAUAUAAGACACAAUUAAAGGAGAAUAUGGAGGAUUUGAUAGUGUACGAUAGUGACGUUCUGGAUGAUAAUGAUGAUGAAGAUAUAGAAGAUGCCGAUGAAAUGGAAUAUUUGGACAUAGAGAUGGGAGGAUAUGAAAAUGAGGAAGAUUUUGUAGUCUUCGAAGAAUAUUUUCACAAUUUUGAUAGUAUUGCAUAUCGAAGGAAUAUUCUCGCUAAUAUGGAAAUGUUAAUUUUGCGCAUGUUAAUAAUGGAUGGAUCUCUCACAAAUAUUUUGUUUUCGAUAUAUUCGAAGUUGAAGAUCCUUUUGAAAGAUUAUUAUCAAAGAGUUGAAAAGUUUUUGGAACGAAACAAGACGCUCGUAGAAUUCCAGAAUAAUUCUGAAAAAAAACAACCAAUCAAGAGCUUUGAAAAGAAAUACAACCAACUGCAGCAGCUUUUACUUAAGAUUACCGAGAAGGAAAUAUUUCUUGUGGAAACUAUGGUGCAACCGCGUAUGGUUCAGAAUAACGGGGAAAACAAAAAUAAUUAAAACUCGUAACGUGAUGUCAGUAUAUGUAUACACAUGAAAAAGAA